AUGUACAACUCCCUGAACCGUGUGCAGAAUGUCUUCGGCUUCUUCACCACCGUCGCAUUUGUAGUUGCGGCCAUCAUCGCCGCCUCCGACUUUACGGUGCCGAGGACGCCAACCGCAGAAAUCAAGACGACCAAUGUGCAAGUAGUCAAGGGACGCCCCCACUACUACAGUACCAAGAAGGAAGAGUACGCCAUCAUCAAGUUCUCGCUCGACGCCGACCUGUCAUCGCUCUUCACCUGGAACACCAAGCAAGUCUUCGUCUAUGUGACAGCCGAAUGGCCCAUGGUGGCCACGCCUGGCGUCGUCGACGGCAGCCGCGUCACGAACCAGACCAACAAAGCCGUCAUUUGGGAUAGCAUCAUCACAGCGCCGAGCUCGGAUCACCUGGCGAAUAUUGGCCCUGCUACCAUGAAGAAGCUGAGGAAGAGCGCGCAGGGGAAGAGUAUUGAUCCCAGCCGGGGCAUCUUGUCCCUGAAGAACCAAAAGCCCAAAUACCAGAUCACACACCCAACAGGCAAGAUCGCCGAGACGAGCGAUGUCCAGCUCAAGGUGCACUAUAAUGUCCAGCCGUGGGUGGGCAUUUUGACAUGGAACCAGGAUAAGGAUUACGGAUUGUGGAAGAAGAUGGGCAAGGGGCUGAGCGAGGCGUUUAAAUUGCCGGCUCUCAAGAAGAAGGAUGAGGGGAAGAAG